GGGGGAAAUGCAGGGGCUCUGGGCACUAAAAGCUUUAUUAGAGAUUCUCGGUGAUUCAUUCAGUCUCCUGAACACUGCCGCUCUCAAAGAGCUGCAGGCAACAAACGCGCCGCUGUGGUCCUUCGCGCUCACAAUGCCCUCUGCUUAGGACUGGUUUCCACCGCUCAGUGUUUGCGUGGGCUCGUUCUGCCGCAGCCGGGUCCAAAGGGAGUUGGACCCCUAGAAAACAUCAGUGCGCCACCAGACCGCACACGCACUUUGCAGGAGCGGUCUCCCGCGUCGGUCCGGAGGUAGGGCGCUCUAGGAUCCGAGGCCGGAUCAACUGCAGUUGCUGACGCGAUGGUGUUGCCUAUUAAUCAUUCACCAGUCCAGAGCAGGGCCACUUAAAGGCUGUGCAGCGCAGGACUCUGGCUUCUUGGCCUCCGCUCUCCACGCUCCAGUGUGCCCAAGGCGCCCCGGAGCUGCAGGAGGCCGCGCGCUAGCAGCCGCUGAGCUAUGCGCCCCGCUGGCUCCGGUAGGAGCCCGGCUAGACUCGGCUGCCACGCGCUGCCCAGAGGCGCCAGUCGGCUGUGAGCUGCAAGCCAACGGCCGGGUGCGGAAGGAGGACUCGGGCAGCCGGGCGCAAGGUGAGCACCGCAGGGCCGGUAGCCCCACCGGCCCCCAUCAGCUGGGAUGUUUCCCAAUGGCACCGCCUCCUCUCCUUCCUCUUCUCCUAGCCCCAGCACUGGCAGCUGCGGGGAAGGCGGCUGCAGCAGGGGCCCGGGGUCUGGCGCUGCGGACGGCAUGGAGGAGCCGGGCAGAAAUGCAUCCCAGAAUGGGACCUUAAGCGAGGGCCAAGGCAGCGCCAUCCUCAUCUCGUUCAUCUACUCUGUGGUGUGCUUGGUGGGACUGUGCGGGAACUCCAUGGUCAUCUAUGUGAUCCUCCGUUACGCCAAGAUGAAGACAGCCACCAACAUCUACAUCCUAAACCUGGCCAUUGCUGAUGAGCUGCUCAUGCUCAGCGUGCCCUUUCUGGUCACUUCCACGUUGUUGCGCCACUGGCCCUUCGGCGCGCUCCUUUGUCGCCUUGUGCUCAGCGUGGACGCGGUCAAUAUGUUCACCAGCAUCUACUGUUUGACUGUGCUUAGUGUGGACCGCUAUGUGGCCGUGGUGCACCCCAUCAAGGCAGCCCGUUACCGUCGGCCCACCGUGGCCAAGGUGGUGAACUUGGGGGUGUGGGUGCUAUCGCUGCUUGUUAUCUUGCCCAUCGUGGUCUUCUCGCGCACAGCGGCCAACAGCGACGGCACGGUGGCCUGCAACAUGCUCAUGCCCGAGCCUGCUCAACGCUGGUUGGUGGGCUUCGUGUUAUACACGUUUCUUAUGGGCUUCCUGCUGCCUGUCGGGGCCAUCUGCCUAUGUUAUGUGCUCAUCAUAGCCAAGAUGCGCAUGGUGGCCCUCAAGGCCGGCUGGCAGCAGCGCAAGCGCUCGGAGCGCAAGAUCACUCUAAUGGUGAUGAUGGUAGUGAUGGUGUUUGUCAUCUGCUGGAUGCCUUUCUACGUGGUGCAGCUGGUCAACGUGUUUGCUGAGCAGGACGACGCCACCGUGAGCCAGUUGUCGGUCAUCCUUGGCUAUGCCAACAGCUGCGCCAAUCCCAUCCUCUAUGGCUUCCUCUCGGACAACUUCAAGCGCUCUUUCCAGCGCAUCCUGUGCCUCAGCUGGAUGGACAACGCCGCGGAGGAGCCGGUGGACUACUACGCCACUGCGCUGAAAAGCCGCGCUUACAGUGUGGAGGACUUCCAGCCCGAGAACCUGGAGUCUGGCGGCGUUUUUCGUAAUGGCACCUGCACUUCCAGGAUCACCACGCUUUGAACCGAGCGGGGGAGGCGGGAGGGGGGGGG